UUUCUUUCUACUUCUUAGGAAAAUGGGUAGUAGUUGCUUCUUUCAUUUAUUUAUUUUUCUGAAGUAUCUUGCUUAACUGAACUUCUUUCUUUAGUCAUAAAAAAAAGUAUAGAAUCUAUCGAUGAUAAUUUUGUUUGCCAUUAUUAUAUAUGCAGGCAAGCAUAUUUCAUUAUGGCUCAAUUGGUUUGAUUGAGGAACCUUGUAGGUCAACUCUUCUUGCUGCUACGGAAAUCGCCAAACAGUCGGGUUGCAUUCUCUCGUAUGACCCAAAUCUGAGAGUGCCACUCUGGCCCUCAGAAGAUGUAGCUCGGGAAGGCAUAAUGAGCAUAUGGAACAAAGCCGAUGUUAUUAAGGUAAGUGAGGAUGAAAUCACAUUCUUGACUGGAAAUGAUGACGAUGCAGCGAUAGAGAAGCUUUACCACGCAAAUCUUAAGCUUUUGAUUGUUACCGAAGGUGCAGGGGGCUGCAGAUACUACACUAAGGAAUCUAAGGGUAGGGUUGAUAGUCACAAAGUUGAUGCAGUUGACACAACAGGUGCAGGUGAUGCUUUUGUUGCUGGAUUACUGAAUAGUUUGGCUUCAGACCCUACUUUGUACAAGGAGGAAGAGAAAUUAAGGGAAGCUCUUGUCUUUGCGAAUGGCUGCGGUGCUCUCACAGUGAUGGAGAAAGGAGCGAUUCCUUCAUUGCCGACAAAAGAAAAGGUUCUCAAAUUUCUGAAAUAAUGCCACAGCAUGACGAAGAUGAAUGUUUUUCGCCAUUGUGUUCAAGUUUUGAUUUGCAGCCAAACAGACUGUCAAAGGUGUCCAUUUUCGCCUCUUGAGCUAAUGUGACAUUUUAUUUUUUUUCUUCCAUUUUCUCCACAUUUUUCUUCCAAGGAUUGAAGUUCUUUAUGGUAUCUUUAUGGUUGUGAAAAUUUCUCUAAAUCUAAAAACCCAUUAAGAUGAUUGUUAAUUACAAAACUCAUUUGUAUGAAUGUUUAGAAAGAAUAUCCUUUUCCAAUUUGUAAGGCAUUUAACUCGCUUGGUGCGGUAAAAAUGUAUCAGAUCUGACUGAAUUUGGAAAAAUUCAGAACAAUUAUAUACAUACUGGA